GUCUUGGAUCGUUGGCGGAAUCUAUUCAAGAUAGCCAAGUUGUUCCUUACGAAUCCAUUCCAAAUUUCCCAAGAAGCACAGGUACACCAAAUCUUUGGGCUAUUUUUAGUUCCUGGUCAUGUUGGGAAUUUAGUUUUUGGACUACUUGCGAAUAGAAGUGUAGUAUUAAUGCAAGGACGCUUUCAUAUGUACGAAGGUUAUUCUGCAACAGAAAUUUCUAUACCUAUCCGAGUAUUUAAGCUCUUGGGCGUUAAAAUUAUCUUUAUUACAAAUGCAGCCGGGGCCACUUCAUCAAGACUUAAGAUAGGUGAUUUAGUUGUUAUACGGGAUCACAUCAAUUUCCCUGGACUCUCCGGAUUAAAUCCUCUUGUUGGUCCGAAUGACGAGAGAUUCGGACCUCGAUUUCCAUCGAUUUCUAAUGCCUACGAUUCAGAGCUACGAAAUCUCUUCAAAUCAACUGCUAAAAAUUUACAGUAUAGCGAAAAGGUUCACGAAGGUACAUACGUAUUUUCAUGUGGUCCCUCUUAUGAAUCCGUGGCAGAGUUAUCAAUGAUGAAGUUACUCGGCGCCGAUGUUGUUGGAAUGAGCACUGUGCCUGAAGUUAUUGUUGCUCAUCACUCAAAAAUGAGAGUUUUUGCUCUUUCACUCGUUACUAAUAUUGUUGUCUCAGACGUCGACUCUAAUGUUGUUGCAAACCAUAAAGAAGUUUUGGAAGCAAGCCAGAAUAGUGCUAAAAUGCUAAAGGAAAUUAUAUCAGAAAUGAUUAGCCAAAUAUAG